AUGGUACGUGCAAAGUUGGCAAUUGAGAAUUUAUCAAGCUCUGAGAUUGAAAGGUUGGUUCUUUUUCCGAAUCAGGAUAAGAUAAGGAAGAAAGGGCAAGAGGAGCGAGAAGAAUCCGAAAGGCUGAGAAUCGAGAAUGAUGAAGAGUUUCAUUUAUGGAUGAGAAAGUGUGAUGCGAUUGAUGCUCGGCGCAGAAGAAAACAGUUACAACGAAUGGGUGAUUCGAGUUGUUCAUGGGGUAAAACCAGAAGUGCAACAGAGAGUGAAAGUGAAGUGGAGGAGAAUCAGGUUGAGGAAGAGGAGGAUGAAUCCAGUGAUGCUUCAAUUGAUUAUGAAGAGAAGGCAAAAAAGGCUGAGAAGAAAAUAUUAAAGCAGCAGCAGUUUGAGGAAGUAAUGUACAAGUGCUAUCUUGAUGAGAAGAACAAUAAUCCUUCGAAGUUUUCUCGGACCAUGUCAGAACCAUUAAAUGUGGAUUCUAAUGGAGAGGAGAUUCAAGGUAUGAAUAUUGAUAGAGAACCAGAGUAUGGAGAUGAAUAA